AUGGCUGGAAGAUUACACCAAUUCGAUUAUAUCGUGGCUCUUUCCAUGAUCUUUGCAUUCUUAGAUGCUUGGAAUAUUGGUGCAAAUGAUGUUGCUAACUCUUUUGCUUCUUCUGUCUCUUCAAGAUCUUUGAAAUAUUGGCAAGCUAUGAUUUUAGCUGCUUUGAUGGAAUUUUUAGGUGCUGUCUUAGCUGGUUCAAGAGUUUCGGAUACUAUUAGAUCUAAAAUUAUUGAUAUUUCCACUUUUAAAGAUGAUCCUGCUGUUUUAUUAUUAACUAUGGCUUGUGCUUUAGUUGGUUCUUCAUUAUGGUUAACUUUAGCCACUUCUUUUGGUUUACCAGUUUCCGCUACUCAUUCUAUUGUUGGUGCAGUUAUCGGUUCUGGUAUUGCUGCUGUUGGUGCUAAAAACAUUCAUUGGGGUUGGAACGGGUUUUCACAAAUUGUUGCCUCAUGGUUUAUUGCCCCAGCUAUUGCAGGUUGUUUUGCUUCAAUUUUGUUUUUAAUUUCUAAAUAUUGUGUUUUGGAAAGAAAACAUAACUUGAGAAAUGGGUUAAUUUUAAUGCCAAUCUUGAUCUUUAUCACUUUUUCAAUCUUAACCAUGUUGAUUACAUGGAAAGGUGCUCCAAAUUUACAUUUGAACAACUUAUCUGAUGGUGCUAUUGCUGGUUCAAUCGUUGGUGUUGGUGCUGUUGCAUCUAUUAUCUACUUUAUCUUUUUAUUCCCAUACUUUAGAAGACGUUUGAUUUUCCAAGAUUGGAGAUUAAAAUGGUAUCAUGUCUUCCUUGGUCCAACUUAUUAUUUCGCUCCAACUGAUGAUAUCCCACCAAUUCCAAAAGGUCAUAUGUUGGUUCCAGAUUAUUAUGCAGAUUUACAAAACUUGGAAUCUAAAUAUAACAAUGACCUUGAUGUUGAAAGACAACAAACUGCUGCUAGCUCCACUGCUGCUUCUCCAAAUGCUCCAUUAGAAAAGAAACAAACUACAAAACAAUUAUGGUGGUCAUUAGCUAAACAACCAAAACAAUGGCCAAGAUUAAUCUGGUUGAUGCUCAUCCAUGGUUGGACUCAAGAUGUUAUUUCAAACCAAAUGCAUGCCACUGGUGCUUUAUCUGGUAACUUGAAAGAUAUGCAUGCUCGUUCCAAAUAUUAUGAUAACAAGAUUGAAUACUUGUUUUCUUUAUUACAAGCCAUUACUGCCUGUACCAUGUCUUUUGCCCAUGGUUCAAAUGAUAUUGCUAAUGCUGCUGGUCCAUUAUCCACCAUUUGGAACAUUUACACCACAAACAAGGUUGAUAAAAAAGCUGACGUCCCAGUCUGGGUCUUGUGUUACACUGCUGCUGCUUUAGUCAUUGGUGUUUGGACUUAUGGUUAUAACAUUAUGAGAAACUUGGGUAAUAGAUUAAUUUUACAAUCCCCAUCAAGAGGUUUCUCUAUUGAAUUAGGUGCUGCUGUUACCACUGUCAUGGCUACUCAAUUGGCUAUCCCAGUCUCUACUACUCAAUCAGCUGUUGGUGCUACUGUCUUUGUUGGUUUAUGUAACAAGGAUAUUAAAUCAGUCAACUGGAGAAUUGUUGCUUAUUGUUACUUUGGUUGGAUCUUUACUUUACCAUGUGCCGGUAUUAUGGCUGGUAUUUUGAAUGGUAUUAUCUUAAAUGCUCCAAACAAAGGUCAACUUUAUCAAUUGGAAUAA